UGGAUCUUGCAUACUACACCAUGGAUGUGGUUCUGAUUCUGGAUGACGUGUCAUCUAUCUUUGGUCAGAUGACAAGUGUUACCGCCAUGAGAGGUUUUCACAACGCUAAUAAUGAUAUAUUACGAGACUUCAUUAAGGCAUCCAAGAAGGUGAUUGCCUUGGAUGCUGAACUGACAGACCGAGAUGUUCAGGUCAUCAAGGAGCUUCAAGAUGAUGCUCACGUUAUCUAUAAUAUAUUCAAGCCACAGCAAGGACACCGCGUCUCUUUUUACGAGAAUGAGGCCUAUCUGAUGAAUUGAAGGAUAUGGGAUUCAUUGGGAUGUGUAUCACUGCG